CAAAAUCAGACCAUCAACCUACCCAACUCGUUUCCUCUGUGACUAUGCCAUAAUAUGAUCGGUAAUGCGCAACUAGAAAUCACGCUGAUCAACGGAACCUCCGCCAGGUCAUACAGCCAGUUUGCGGUCCAGCACAACGUCAUCGGCUAUGCCGCCAGCGGGGGUGUAGUGGUUUGUCAUCUCAAAGACGGUGCCGCACAGAAUCAGCGGUUCUACUGUGCCAAUAACUUUACCCAACCUGAGACGCUUCUGGGCCUCGACACCUACUUGCCGUCCGAUGGGCUGGAAGUGCAGCGAGAUUCGUAUGGGUAUGCAUUAAACUGCGACGCCUUUACCUGGGGGGCCGCGCCAUCUCCAAGCCAUGUCGCUAUUCCCAGCUCGCCUAGUAGGUCGCCCAUAAACUCAAAGUACACUGGAAAUGAUGAUUUCCCCGCCAAGCUGAAGCUCAAGUCCAUCCAUUGUAUUGCUAUAUCGCCUGACCGGAAGUUGCUCGCAGUGGGGGAAAGCGGCCACCAGCCAAGAAUCUUACUCUUUUCCCUUGCUCCAGAUGCUUCUGGUACACCAAUAGCUAUUAUCAACGAGCACCAGUUUGGAGUGAGCGCUCUUACCUUCUCGCCCGACUCCAGUAGCCUUUGCUCCUUGGGGUUCACCAACGACGGGUUCUUACACGUUUGGAAACUCCAUCGGUCCCCUGCAGCAUUGACAGCCACGCUAACCCAGAGUAACAAGUGUUCUACCAUCAUCAACAAGCUCUUGUGGAUCAACGGAAACAUCAUCACCCUUGGAUUGCGGUUCAUCAAGUUGUGGUACUUUGCCGAGAACCUGGCAAGUCCGACCAAAAACACAGCCAUCAAGGGACGAAACGUUCUUCUAGACGAGUUUAUGAACUCGAACUUUGUUGACGCUGAAAUUGUGAACGCCGAGGAAAUUUUGUUUGUGACUGAUCAAGGCGAGUUUGCCCUUUUACCCGUCCAGGACGAACAGUUGAGGCUAGUCAAAAUGAAGCGACUUUUAGAUCAAGCUCAGUCUGUGCUUGUGGACCACGAGAAAAAUCUUUUGUGGGUAGCCACUGACAGGGUUGAAUGUGUAUCGCUCGAGUCGUUAGUUCCAGACUCAGACCUCAAGAUCAAAAAGACACUUCAUUCCGUGCACGCCCUGCCCCACAGAGCCAAACCGUUGGAAGGGAUAUUGCUUAUGGACGAGGUGAGCCCGAAUGUGCUCGUAUACCUAGAUUCCAACGAGCGUAUCUCGAGCUUCAACAAAGAAACCAAAGUCGUCCAGGUGCUUGUUAACUCGUUGUUGAAAAACUUGGGAGGCGUGAAAGAAUGCACGUCAGGCGCCCCCCUCGUCUUUUCCAAAACAGCAGAGAUCAGGAAGUUGGUGAACAAUAACAGUAGCCUCGAACCCCUAAUGAACUUCCAACUCCCCUCGAAUGCAUUAAUUGAAAAUGCGCUCACAUGUCUUGAUGCAUUCAAAGACCUCCUCGUUCUCGGCGACAAGUACGGCAGUUUAUAUGUUUUGUCGAACGCAAACGAGGUCAAUACCCACAAACUUGUCUUUAAUGCUCGGGCACACGAAUCUACGGUGAACGAUCUUGUGGUUUUUGAGUUUAAGCAGCUCCAGGUGAUUGCUUCUACCAGUAGGGAUAAAAUGAUUCAAGUGUUUACCAGGGAUUCUUCUCUUCCAGAUAGUGAGUGGUCUUUGCUCAACACCUUAUCAGUGCACAGAAGCACAGCCUCCCAGGUAAUUCAUCAUGAGGGCAGAAUUAUUGUUUCAUCACUAGAUAGGAGCAUCUCGAUCCACAAACUUGAAGCCCUGGAAGGAGAAGGAAACGCAGAGAAGGUUAGAAUUGUGCAAGAAAAGAUUAUCAUUCUCAAGAAUUCGCCUGUGGCAAUCAAGGUUUUCCGAAACGAAUUGAUUGUCUCCACCAACGACAAAGUAUUGUCUGUGUUUGACCUCAGCAACUUUGAGCUCAUUCGAAAUUUGAAGUUGUUCAACGAUUACAACCAGUCACUAUUAGUUGAACACCUUCUCAUCCAGAACGACCAGAUUUUUGUUUCGUGCAACGAUAAAUCCUUGAGAAGCUUCCUGUAUAGUACCGGCAAACCCAUUGCCACCAACUGGGCCCAUUCAGAUGUGAUUAUUGGCUUGAUGAUGAUAGAUGCCUCCCUCUUGACCAUCAGUAACGAUGGCUGUGUGUUUAACUGGGAAUACAAAAACCGGGAGUCUAACGCUACUUUCAAGGAGGCCAUGUCUCGAGAUGACCCUGAGGAUUGGCUCAACUCCCCGCUCAAGCAAAAGGUUACCAGGAAGAUUUUGUCUGCCACACCGGUAGCCCUCGCUGCUCGAGUUGGUAGAACGGUUCCAAUCACCACACCGUCUCGUAAACUUGCACCUGCUUCCCCCUCUCCGAGGAGGAACCUAAGCUCUCCAAGAGUUUAUACGCCGGUAUCGAGCCCUCCCAAAUCACCGCUGCGGCCUGCUGUCACAAGACCCUUGGCCCCUUCCAUGUCGCCCACACCAAGAAACAGAUCACCAUCGCCUGUGUCUUCUGCGGUUCGCGUGACAGCAGCCAAUAUCAUGUCCUCUCCUCGCUUGAAAUCAGAGUCAACCCCACGACUUGCCAACCCGCUGACAGCGCGUCUCUCUCUAUUUGGCGGUGCAAACCAAAAAUUAAACGGCUCGGGAUACCUGCCCGUCGUUGAAGCAGCGAUUGCGUCUCGGGGGAUUGCCAUUACUGAGGAAGCCAAACCGAAUGCAGAAUGCUCCGACAUUACAACGGUCUUGACCAUGUUGGGGGCACUACAGAACGCGGUCAAGAACAAAGAGUAUGCCGCUGAAGAUUUAGCCCAGAUAAAGAGUGCACUUAUGGCUACGUUGGGGGUUAUGAACGAGGGAAUUCUUGAGGAUUACAGCGAUAAAUUGCUUGCCAUGUUUGAAAGAAAGCUUGGUGAAAGGAAUGAGCGUAAUGUCACACUGACACCAAAUGACCGAAAGCUUGAUCUACAGUUGACGGAAGGAUUCGCCGGCUUGGCAGUCGGUGACUAAGAACUGAGUAUAAUGGAAUCCACGCUUAUUCAAAACGAUAUGCAUUUCCAUACGUAUCAUUGACAACAAUACGGUAAUGAUAGAGCCUGAAACCUCGCUAUUACUUUUCAAGGGUUUAAAGUAAACCAACUUCUAUUCAUGUAUUGACGUUACUCUCAUAGUGCGCCAAAUUUUCGCGGCUUAAGCCCCAAUUCAUCAUAAAGUUUCAGCAAUUCAGGUUAACAUGCACACAACAGGGAGCCAGUAAAAAGAAAAAUUCACAUUUACCGUCAUUUUUUUUACCGAACUAAUUAAAAGUCAUUUCCCACGUUGAAAGCAAGCUCGCGAUAUACUUUCAAUUGGCAUGGGCACAUCUAUUAUCAAAAGCUCAAUAGUUGGUUCAUGCCCCAAGAUUUGUAAAAUUUACAAAUCAGGUAAUCUGGGUAUCCAAUAAUGUGUUAGCCUCUGAGGUUUUUAAAUUUGAUAUUUCGCC